UGGCACCAGACCGGGAUGGCGGGCCUGCAGGAGGAGCUCGAGGCGGAGCGCGGCGCCGCCGCCGAGGCCGCCAGCGAGGCCAUGUCCAUGAUCCUCCGCCUGCAGCGGGACAAGUCCGAGGCCAUGAUGGAGGCGCGCCAGUUCCGCCGAUUCGCCGAGGACCGCUUCGCGCACGACGCCGCUGAGCUCGCUGCGCUCCACGACGCCAUCGCGCGACGGGACGCAUCCAUCCAGUCCCUCUCCGCGCAGCUCAGGGCCUGCCGCUCACGCCUCCUCCAGCUCGGCUUCCUCUCCCCGUCAUCCCUCCCCUCCUCCCCCACGGCCACCGCCGCCGCCCCGGGGGACCACCCAUUCGCGGAUGACGACUACCCUUCCAUCCACUGCCUCGACCAACCCGCCGCGCCCUCAGACGUUGGUACCCCGCGCACCCACCACUUGCUCAACAGAUUGCCCGGCCGAGCCGCAGAUACCUGCGCCCGCCCUCGGCAUGCGCGUGCGCUCUCCAAUGACAGCUUGUUUGCACUGCCUGAUGAGUCCCCCUUCCUGGUGGAGCAGGACGACGACGACUGCUGCGACCGGGUGUACACUGUUGACGCCGUGCAUGGCGUGCCUGUUGCCGCGCCCGAGGACCGCCGCUACUUCCCCACGCCAAUGGAGACCAACCUCGGCUCUCUAGUUCCAGCAUGGACCGAGGAGCAGGAGAUACACAAGCUCAGCGCAAGGCUUCAGGCACUCGAGGCAGACCGCGAGUCAAUGCGCCAUGCAAUCAUGUCCAUGGGAGCCGACAAGGCGCAGGCUCUCAUGCUCAACGAUAUUGCUCACCACCUAUGCGACGACGACGCAGCGCCGCUCAAUGCACUUUCCUUGAAAAUGCACCCAGAGAGAAAGGUGGUGAAGAGCCAGCCUUUCGCCGCCAAAUUCUUCGUUGUCACCGUAAUUAAGUGGAUCGCUUCUGUCUUAUCUCGGGGAAGGAAAUUAGAUCGCAUCAAGUAUCCCAUUGGUUUGUGCGGGAGCUAUGUUGGACUUAUGUUGUUGCUCGACAGAUCCCACAAACAGAGGUAUAGAAGAUAUCUUAAGAGAAGUUAGGUGCUGCGGCUCACUGCCUAUAAGCUCAAAUGGAAAACUUGGCCGCGCUUCUGUGAUGCUCUCAUCCAAAUGAGCUGUUUUUGUGACAUAAAAGCUCGUGAAAAAUGCUAGUAUCAUUGGUGCAUACAUCUUUUUUGCCCUUUUGUCCAUACAUUCUUUGGUUGGUUUGGUCUGGCAAUCUAGUUAGCAGCUGAGGUCUGUCAUUUCUUUGUUCUGGCUGUCA